UUUGAGCAAAGAAUUUUACCGACAAUGUUGAGAUCCUGUGCCAUUCUCCUCCUCCUUGUCUCUGUCUCCACCGCCCUGACCUGCUACAAAUGUGCGGUAUUUAACAUGACAGUAAUGACAGAGGAGCAGGCCGGUCAGAUGACCGGAGCUCUAGUUCUGCUAGGUGCGCCGAAGUGUACCAUAAUUGAGGAGGAUGUUACUCAGCAAUGUGAAGCUAAUCAGGACCAAUGUCAAAAGAUAUCUGUAAGUUCUAAGCUCGGAGGAGAUGAAGCCCAUGAUGGUUAUCUCCUACAGUGUGGCCAGUCUUCAUCAAUCGAAAGUUUAUGUCCAACUUAUACGGGAAUGGCUAAACUGGCAGGAUUUAUUAUUGAUGGCUGUUCAUCUGAAGGGUGUGACUCCAGCAAGUGCUACGAUCCAACCAGCGGAGCUACAUUUUCUAACCACAAUCUGUACAUUCUGAUCGCUUCUCUUGCUACUUUCAUUUUAGCAUCUCUGUAAUUGUAUAGGACCAAGAUUUAAGAACGAAGAUAAAUGCUACACAUUAUUAUCAAUGAUAAGAAUAAUAAUUAUAAGUAAAACUGGUGAUAGGUGAAUCACGCGACUCUUUUUUGUAAAAUCAAAUCUUAGCUAGGAUAUUAAUCGUCAUUUUAUUAGGAAGAUAUGUUAUUAGAAAGAUAAAAGGGUAAACCACAGUAAUCGAUACGCGUAUUGGUGGUGUAAUUUUAUUUCGCAAAUAAAAUGUGUGCAAAUUUGUUCACUGUAUUUUUUCAAUUUGCCCAUGGAACUUACAUAAUAAUAUAUUUUAUAAUAUUCAUGUUAUAAUUUUGUUGUUGCUGUUUAACUUUACCUACGCAGUUACAUGGAACGAUAUGAUGUUUAUAUCUUUUAUACACACUAGCAGGAAGAUUUAUAGUAUUGAGGUUUUUUUCGUUCCGGAAAAAUAUCAAAUUCUGAAACAUUUUGAUUCAGUAUAGGUCCUAAUAUUAAUUAAUUUCAAUUUCCUCAAGAUAUUGGGUGUGCAAAUUGUACUUAUUUGUAACAUCAAACAUAGUACCUGUACCUUUCUGUUUAUAUUGUAAUUUGUUUAGGUUAAUACGAGAUUUAGAUAUCAUUGUGUGCGUUAAUCUUUUAAUUAAUUUUAAAAUAA